GCCGUCCUCAGUAGGCUGUGGCUCUUCCGUCCCGGUUCACUCCCCCUGUAACCCGGGUCAAACCGCCACAGCGAGCCGUUCCAGCUCCGGACCAACAACUGAUCCGAUCCGAUCCGAUCCGCGUUCAGCGUCCGAGUCCAGCAUGAAUGAGACGGAGGGGCUCCGGUUCCGGCGGGUCCACAGACCGCAGGUCAUCACGGACGAGCUGCCGGAGAACCGAUACAAGGGAUCCGGAACCUACAGCGGGAAGGUGUUCCAGGUGACUCUGCUGACUCUGGGCGGCUUCGUGCUUCUUCCUCUCCUGGUCAUCGUCCUCAUCCUGGAGUCUCCCAUCCACCCCGAAGCCUUCAGUCUGAAGGAGCCCCCGGCGAUGAAGGGCUGCUGGGAGCCAAACCUGAAGCUGCGAGAGGCCGAGAGACUGUUUGAAGACCAGAUCCUCGGACCAGAGUCCAUCGUCAACAUCGGAGAUGUUUUGUUCGCCGGAACAGCUGACGGGAAGAUCGUGAAGCUGACUGGUCGCAGAAUUCACACGGUGACGAGACUUGGAGAACCGCCAUGUGGAUCCAGAGAUGAGGAGCCCAGCUGCGGGAGGCCGCUGGGGAUCAGAGUCGGACCCAACGGGACUCUGUUCGUUGCCGACGCUUACCUGGGUCUGUUCGAGGUGAACCCCACCACAGGUGAGGCCACCCGGUUGGUGUCGGGGGGCCAGGUGGUCGCCGGCAGGAAGCUGUCGUUCAUCAACGACGUGGCGGUGACGCAGGACGGGAAGAAGUUGUACUUCACCGACUCCAGCAGCAGGUGGCAGCGCAGAGACUACAUGCACCUGAUCAUGGAGGCCACCGCUGACGGCCGAGUGUUGGAGUACGACACAGAGAGCCGGGAGCUGACGGUGGUGAUGGACAACCUGCGGUUUCCAAACGGGAUCCACCUGCUUCCUGACGAGGAGUCGGUGCUGGUGGCCGAGACCACCAUGGCCCGGAUACGCAG